AUGGCCGACAGCGCCGACCAACCGCCCUCGCCGGGCGGGCCACUUAGCCCAAUGACUCCCGACCGCGCAAACCAGAAGCAACAGGCCCGCAACCUCUUCACAUCACCUCGCAGCAGCCCCGGUGGCCGUGACAGCUCCGUCCACGAAAAGAUCUCCCAGUUCAACAACCUCGCCAUGCAGUCCAAGACACUCGAGCGCAAGACUGCCGACGCCGCCCUCAAGCGUGCCAUGCUGGGGCGCGAGGAGGCCGAGACGGAAUUGCGCCGCUACCGCGACGAGUCCAAGGUGCUGCGGGUUCAGCUGGAGAAGGGCAAGGAACGAGAGCAGCGCGUCAGCGAGCGUCUCGAGACCGUCAUGGAACAAUACGGCCGCGCAAAAGAAACUUACGCCCACACGAAAGCAGCGUGGGAGAAGGAAAUCAAGCUUGCGCGCAAAAAGACGUUCAAGAACGAGUCCCAGAUCAUCAAACUCCAAGAAGAGCUCAAGUCGGCCCGCGAAGGCUGGCGCCUAGCCUCGGACAACCUCGACGCCGAGAAGCUGCGCUCCAAGGCCCGUGAAGAGGAGGCUUUCCAGGCCCGCUAUCAGAUGGUCGGUAUGGAGCAGGAGCUCGGCGAGGCCUUUGAGCGCAUCAAGUUGCUUGAACAGGAGCGUGACGCCUACAAGACCUUGGCCAAGGAGGAGGAAGUUGCUCGCAUCGCCGCCGAGGGUCGUAUCCCGUUGCCUAAAGCGUUCGACGCUGCACCCGACGACGAGUUUGCGUCACCCAAGAAGAAGAAGGGACCGCGGUUCUCGCUUUCGACGGUCGACAUUGUCUCUUCCGCCGCCAGCGAGGGGGAAAUUGAGGAGCUUUCCCUCCAAGUUUCUUGGGAACGCCAACGCGCAGACCGCGCAUACGAACUGGUCGACUUUUUGCAGGCCGAGUGCGAACUGCGAUGCUGCCCUUGCGCCAAAACACACAAAAGGCAAAGCAUACUCUCCCCGAGACAGAGCCUGGCUUCCAACAGACCAAGCAUCAUGUCACCGAGGCGCAGGCUGAUGCCGCCGGCCGAGAUCGCCGACGCCAGUGACCUGGUCAUCCUUCGCGGAGGUAGGGAGUCCUCUCAGGGUCGCCCGUCGCUCAGGGCUUCAAGGAGCCCCCCAGUCGAGGAAAAAGCCUUCAAGAAGCCCGAGGCUCCCAGACGGUCAAGGGAAGAGCGCCGGAGCACCAUCUUCUGCCCCCGAGAGGGUAUCUUCAGAACCGUGUCGCAACAAGAAGCCGACGAGAUCGAGGCUCAGCACGAACAGGAGAGACAAGAGCAUGAGUCUAGCGUAGGGUCUCCCAAUGAGCCUCCCACUCCACAUGAUGCUCCUCUGAGGUUCUCGCGCACACCCUCGCUCGAACCCCCUGAUUUUGCCGUCCUCGCCCAGGAGCGCAUGUCGCUGGCAUCCCUCCUCAAUGCUCCCCACGGCGGCACUGAUGGCGAAGUCCACACCGCACCUCUCCCCUCUAUCCCCACCAUGCCCGACACAGACGAACGUCCGGCAUCCCGGUCCUCGAGAAGUCCGUCACCGACUCUGGAAGACACCGUCCGCCCACACACCGCAGCCGCGUUCUACACCAAGACGACAACGACAACGGUCCCCAUCCGUGACGACAAGCCAAGGCCGCAGCCCAAGUUCGAACGCGGCCGCACGCCCUCGGGCGGCGAUUGUCACAUGUCUUUCGACAUCAACAACCCUGCCAUGACCCCAACCAUGACCCGCGAGGAGGCCCUGGCCCGCAUCCGUGAACGCCGAGGACGCGCCCGCUCCAUCGCGCAGGGCACCGCGACGCCCCGCAAGAAGAUGAUUGAGGGCGCCGGCGAACGGCGAGAUGUUAGCGCCCCUGCCGGUCAGCCGAUUCCCAAGGUGAAGGCGUAG